AUGCCACCAAAGGGAUGGAGAAAGAAUGCCGAUGGCCAAUACCCUCAGCCCAACAAAGAUGCCGAGCUUGUAUCUAUAGAUGAUAUCUUGUUUCCCAGAUCGUCAGUGCAGAAACUUGCUAAAAACAUAAUAGCUGGCGAUGAAGGUAGCAAUAUGAUUUUGGCUAAGGACUCGAUGACGGCAUUGCAGCGUUCGGCAACUGUCUUUGUAUCUUAUAUCCUUUUCCAUGCUCGUCAGUUAUCUAAAGAGGGAACCAGAAAGACCAUCUCCACCCAGGAUAUUAUUCAUGCCUUGGAGAGAGCGGAGUUUGCUGGGUUUAUUCCUGAGGUCAAGCACAAAUUGAGUGCCUAUGAAAGCAAUGUAGCACUCAAGAAAAAAGUGAAGUCUGACACCAAGGCUGCAGCUGUUGUUUCUAAUUCAGAAGAUAAGUCUGACGAUUUCCCUCAAACUAAGAAGCUUAAAACCAACAGCGAGUCAGCAGUUGGUUCUCAGGUGAAGACUAACGAUGACGACGACGAAGAAGACGAAGAGGAAGAAGUGGAGGACGAAGAGAUGGACGAUGACGAGGUAGAAAAAGAUGACGAACCAGAAAAUACCCAUAACGAUUCCUUGGACGUAGAAGAAGUAGAUGUAAAUCCAAUUGCUGCAUUGUCCAAAGAAGAAGCCGAGCUUGGAGGAACUGAACAAGAAGACGAAGAUCAAGACGACGAAGGUCGAGACAACUCAAGUGACGACGGCGAAAACUAG